GCCCCGCCCAUUGCUUGCCCCAACAUGCCCCCGCAGCCAUAACGGUGGCUGUACUCGCAUCCAACGCCUCUGCGUGCUUGACGUCCUUCGUCGCGCGGCUGUCCGCGCGGUGCUGCUGCCAGUGCCAGCCCGCCGCAAGCUGCACGCUCCCAUUCCAUGGGCAUCUGCUCGUCAUGCCUGGGCCUCGCCCGGCGGCCCUCAGACGCUGAGCGGUCUGACAGCUCUCAUCUCCUCGGGGACCCUUACCAGCCGCAAUAUGGCAGCAUCAAUCAACCGAGCGCCCACAGCCUGCCCCAACCCGACCCCGAAGAGAUCAGGAGACAGCGAGACGCGCUGGAGCGUAUCUGCGCUCAGACUUCCGACAAGUUGAUCCACGUCUCGCAAGCCGCCUACACCGACGACAGCCACCACUCCGAGUACCUGCGCCUCUUCAACGAGCGCUUCCCGCCCAUCAAGUCCGCGAGCCGCCCAUCCUCUGCCCACGACGACCAGCACCAAGACGAGGCCGCCUGGUUGGCCAGCGUCGUCGGCAGCUCCAACGACGCCGAGGGAAGCUGGGAGCGGGUCGAGCCCAUUGAGUCUGGGGCUCUGACGGUCCAGUUUGGCGAGGCCCUGAGCGACAGGAAACGGUAACGUCCUUGUGUCGCCCACCAUCUGCGCUAGGGCAGGGCUUGUCGCACGCCGCUAUUGCUUGUUUUACUGUGCCUGUCCCUCGGGCUGUUCUGAUACCCACCCCCAAUUUCUUAGCUCCAUCAGACAUGUCUCGGAUCCUAUUUCCUCUGUUACAUCUGCGUCAGUCAGUAGGCAUCUACUGCGCUAAUACCAUUCCAUC